AUGCUGGCGGCGGCGGCAGAGCUGGCGGCGUCCCCGGGGGCGGGUGUGGAGGCGGGGGUGGCUGUGGAGGCGGCGGGGGCGCCUGUGGAGGCGACACCGGCGGGGUGGGAGGCGAUUGUGGCGGCGGCGGUGAUGGUGGCGAGGGUGGCGGCGACGUGGGUGGAGGCGAGGGUGGCGGAUGCGGCCAGGUGUAGUCCGCCGGGACAAGCUCCGGGAUCGAGCUCCGGGAGCGACUCGUACCCGACCGAGGCACACAAGAGGCCGCUCUCCUGGCGCAAGCCCAGCGUCGUGAGCCUGAUCUCGUGGGCGGUCGGCCCUCCGCUCCCCGGCAGCUCGAGGAUCGUCACCUCUGCAGCGAAGCAGCCCGGCUUCCGGCAGGCGACCUUCACGUUGUUGCGAGUGGGCGCGUGGGCGGACGGAAGCAGGUUGCCGAGGGCGUCGCACGAGCACGAGGACCGCCUCCUCCGCCGCACUCAUGCUCCAGCCUUGCAGUGUCCGGCCGGCACGGCCGAGGUCGAGGACAAACACCACCGUGCACCAAGUCGUGAUUCGGCAGGAGCGGCGGCGGCGGAGGCGACGGCGGCAGCGGCGGUGCUGCCGGGUGCGGGUGCGGUGGAGGCGAAGGCGGUGGCGGUGGAGGCGGGCUGGGUCUCGGCGGCGGCGGCGGCGGCGGCGGAGAUGGGUACGGCGGUAGCGAUGGUGGCGGUGGCGGCGCUGCCGGUGGCGAAAUAG